AUGCGCGCGUUCUACUGGUGGCUGACGGCGGCGGCCGCGGUGGCGCUGUGCGCCGGGCACGCGGCGGCGUGGCCCGCGCCGGCCGGCGAGGACGCCGACCUAUCCUCGGAGGAUCCUCCGACGCCCGCGCUCGCGCUCGGGGAGCUCGUCCCGCCGGCGACGACGCUCGAGCCGGAGCUCGACACGUUGGCGACGACGCCGGGGCCCGAGGACAACGCCACGGCGCCCGAGGCCCUCCACGCCGGGCCGCGCGUGCUGCAGCGGCUGGAGAACGGCUCCAUGCCGCACGAGUGCAACGGCUCCGGGGAAUUCACGUGCAUCCCCAAGUGCUGCCCCGUGGGGCAGACGUACCAGGACACCAAAUGCGUGCCCACGCACGUUCAAUUCAACCCAUUCAUCGCUAACUACUCCUAUGUGAAGGACGGGAUGGAUUUCGUGGAAUGGCCGCAGGGCUCCUUCGCGUUGGUCAUCGGGAACCCUUGCAAAGACUGGACUUACGUGAACUACACGGAAAUAGAUAUGUGGUCGAAUGGCCAACUGUUUCUCUACCACAAUCAACACACUACUGACGGGGAUGUUUUACAACCAUUCGAAUUUUGUCUGGAACACUCCGAAAGAGACACAGAAGCCAUAUUUUGCAUUGGACCGGGACCAUCUGUUCAAAGAGGCUUCGCCAACUGGCUGUAUACGUUUGGCAUGCUGGUGUCGGUGUCAGGGCUGCUGCUGACGCUGUUCGUGUACCUGGCGGUGGACGCCCUGCGCGACCUGCACGGCAAGUCGCUCAUCUUCCACGUGGGCUGCCUCGCCGUCGCCUACAGCCUGCUCGCCGCCGUGCAGCUCAGCGGCGACACCAACUUCGGCCCGUUCGUCUGCCGGCGCAUGGGUUUGAGUGACAUAUGGGUAAAUAUAUCAACAGUAGAUAAUUAA